UCGCGGCAGCAGCCAUGUAAUCGUAUGCAUCCAUGAAGCUGAUCGCUUGGCUGCCGGGUUUUUAUUCUGCGACGCUUUCGUGCAACUGGGUCCGUUGCCACUUAUGCCCACCAUGGCACCGUCAGCCCGAAUCGCCGCUGCGCCGGCCUGAAGACCCGGCGCAGCCGCAUUUUGUAGCCACGACGAGCCCUGGGCAACCGCCGACGCUUGGUUAGCUUCGCCGCCCGCCCUGCUUGUAAACAUGGCGGACGUCUCUGUCAAACCAGAACCAGAGGAGGAAGCGGCAGUCGUAGACACUGCAGAUGCCACAGCAGCGGCUGACCUGCAGACGACACCGGCGCAGGCAGCCGGGCGCCGCACACGCAAACCCGUCCAGCCUUUGGGGGGCGUGGUGACGCGAAGGACCUCAGCUCGACAGGUAGCGUCGUCGGCAUCCCGUGGAAGCGCGGCUACCGAAAGCAGCAACAGCACGCCGCGACAAGGCGCACGCGCAACGCGGCAGGCGGGGCCUCGCACGCGAGCCACACCCGCCGCAGCCGCGGAGGCGGAUACACCGGCCGCCACCACGCCGCAGCGGGCUAGCGGCCGGGGCACCUGGAAGCGCAAGAAGUCUGACGCGGAAGAGCUCUCCACAUCGGAGCCUGAGAUGGAGCAUGACGACUCCGAUUCUGAUCCGGUGUGGGUGCCAGAUGCGACGACAGGCAGCAAAGGUGCGGCUGGGGCUGACGCGGACUCGCCAACAGUGGCGAACGACAGCGCAGAGCCCAUGCCAAAGGUGGCGCGUCGCGGGAAGCCGGCGAAGGCGAACAAGGCGAAAGCUGGAGCGCGGAAAAGCGCGGUAACAACAGUGAAGAAACCCAACGGAGCUUCAAAGAGCGAGGCUGGAGCAGGAGGAGGAGGUGCGGCCAAAGGGGGGAGGCGCAGCAAUGUGCGCAAGACGGAACCGGCGGCAAGCAUCGACCUGGGCAGCGGCAUUGCAUCACCAGACUCACUUCAGCUCAAGGUGGAACUGCCUGGUGAAAGCGAAGAGGGCGGCAUCGGUGGUGGGGUCAAGCGGGACUACACGCGCCGGCCUGCGACCAACACCAGCUCGUGGCGGACGCCGGUGCCAGUUGUGGUGACGGAGCCGGGCGCGGCCAACACAUCUGGAGAGCUGCAGCCGGGCGACUACAUCAUCGCAGUGACCGACGUGCACCGUGCACGGCCACCCAUCUGGCGCAUCGAGGGACGGUCGCUGCUGCAGCGCUUCGAGGCCCUUGAGACCGGCGAGGAGACCCUCCUCUACCGAAACAGCUCCUCCUUUUCGGCGUGGAACCCGCUGGAGCAGUCCAAGUAUGCCAACAUCUCGGUGCGGGUGCACUCCAACAGCCGGUCAGCCACCGUUGUCGAAGUGCUCGAGAUCCAUGCCAGUCCCAGCUCCAGCCUCACCAAGAAUGGUGGUAUGGAAGCCAGGCCCACGGCAUGUGGGGACCAGCAGCCCAACCUGGAGGAGAAGUUUGAGGUGUACCUGCAGACGCUGCUGAGCCACGUGCUGGACCCUAACUUCCUGGCCGAGGUGCGCCGCGAGAAUGACGAGUAUUUCCUCGCCAACCUGCAGACGGUAGACGGCGAGAAUGAGCGCCGCAGCGCCCAGAUUCGCAACGGCUUGUGGAGGCCCGAUCUGAUGGCGGCCAUCGCUGCAUACUCUGACCUACGUGUCACCGACCUUCCUCCCGGUCAGAAGGCUGCGGUGGCCAUUAAGAACGAGACCCAAAGCCCAGCGGGGGACGAAACUGUGGUGAAGAAGGAGAUAGUCGAGAAGCCGUGUGAGGGAUGUGGGGAAGGCACAGCCUCGCGAUUGGCCGAGUUCUCUGGCGAGCCCUACGACAAGAUGGACCUCUCCUUGGAGCCCCGCUGUGAGGACAGGCCCGAGGCGCGUAGCUUCCAGUUGUGCACCUCCUGUGCGAGUCACCUUCCUACCUACAGUCAGCUGUACCACUACAAGUACCACACCUUCAAUCGAUGCAGGGAGAAGAUCGAGCGCUUGAAGGAGGAGCAGAAGGUGACCGAGUCACAUAUCAUCCUCGAGCGUUGCCUGCAAGACGACACCUGGGUCAACCAGAUGUAUGCCAACCUGCAGAAGCUGUGGCGGACAUGUGCACUCGGGUCCAGUUGACCGGCUUAUUCAUCCACCGGCUGCCGCCGGCUUCCCUGGAUUUCCCUGUCCGCUGUCGUCAUCACUCCCAAGGCCUCCUUCAACGACACACAGCACACGCUUUUUGUGUACAGUCAUUUCCUUUUUUUUUUCUUUGUAUUUUCACUUCUCUCAUGCCACCCUCCGUUUCCCUGGGAAAGAGGGAAGCUUUCCCCUAGAGCUUCCCUCGUGGCCCUAAUUUUUUCACCCUGCUCUCCCCAUUGUCGUCUGUGUAAGCGUCACUGUCCUUCAUCUUGGUAGAAAGCAGCACCUUGGUUCUUGUCUGCCCCUUGCACAAUUUCACUAACAGUAAUGACUGCUGAUGAUCCACGCUGCAAAGUAAUGCACUCUAAGUGAAGGUAAAGCAAUCACCCAAGCUUGACUCUUCAAGCAAUGACUCUUCAAGGCUUGGGAGCUAGAUAUCGCAGGGCUAGUUGACUUUUUGUUGUGAGCCAGUGCAAGCAAGGGACAGACUUGAACUUAUGUAAGGGCGGCCCUGUUCACCUGGGUAUUUGUGGUAGUCUUCCUUUGAGAAUAAGUUCUGCAGGAACUGGUUCGGUUCAGCCUUCAUUCCUAUCUUGUUUGUGUUGCGUUCCUCUCAUUGUGUGCUUCUGUCACGCUGCAUUUAGUCAAGACGCAAUGUGGCAGCUGCGGUGUGUGCUUUGCAUUAGGCACGUAUUGUUUGUUUGAUCUGUGCUCUAGUUUGACUGGAUAGCACAAAUCAAUAAAGUGGGAUGACACCAAAA